AUGCACAUGUUCGCGUCCACCCAACCAAGUCAUGGUACGGCAGGUGUUGCUAUGCAUCAUCAACAAUUAUUGUUGUACAACAAGAAAAGCCAUCCUCUCAACGAACAGAACAACAACUUCCAAAAAUGGAAUAGAAAAAAAAGUAGCCGAAGCAAAGAGCCAGGCACGCGGCGCUUUAUUCCCCCACCGCCCACUCAUACACGCUACACGAUCCAACGUUCUUUUCACGUCAAGGGAGCUCCUAGCCAGCGAUCAAGAUGUACCUUCCUGCUGUGGUGUCUGCCACGUUACUCCCCGCCGCGCUUGGUCGGGGAGCUAUCCGAACCACUUCUCGCCAAGGGCAAGCUGUUGGCAUUCACCAGCAGCGGUCAACUCCGACGAUUGUCGUAUGAGACAUCCUCGUACGAGUACAUCGACUGCUACGCGGACGAGGGGGAGGAGGGGCAGGGCCGAGCCAUGGAUGACGGGUUCAGAUCCAAUGAAAUGACUCCGGAGUUGUGCUACGAGCACUGCUCCAGCAACGGCUACGACUUCAUGGGCCUGCAAUACGGACGCGAAUGUUACUGCGGGACCGAAGAGGAGGAGAAACGGCACGUGCAGUACGGACCGGGCACUUGCGACCACCCUUGCAAAGGCGACGACAACCUUGUUUGCGGAGGGUUUUGGUCGUUCGAUCUCUACUACAUUGGAGAAACUGGGCCGGCAGAUGCCGGAGAUAGCGUCGACGACUCUUCCGAGAAGCAGGUCUUGCUGGACCUUCACAACGAGGCUAGGUGCGUGCACGGCGCGGAGCCCUUGGCAUGGGACGAAACCAUGGAGGAGACUGCCAGGGGUCACGCUGAGGAGCUCACCUCGCGGCAAAAUUGUGGCUAUUUGUUCUGGAGCGACGUGACAGCGCACGGUUACGGCGAAAACCUCUACCUGUGCUAUGGCGCGGCCGACUGCAUGAUGUACGACGGAGUGCUGGACACAAUGUACGACUAUGCAGUCGACGACGGACCUGUAACCGAGUACGACAUCCGUGCUAGGCGCAUGCUGUGGGCGUCUACAACCAAGCUCGGAUGUGCGAUCAGCUCAUGCGUCUACCAGUACAUCGACGUGGAAGUCUUGGUCUGCAACUACGACCCGAUUGGCGACUACGGGGACCCUGCAGCCAUCGAGGUAGAGGUUGGACUCCCCGAACAAUCGGAGGAGGAAUGCCAACAGGUUGCCCCGCCGGACACGCCUUCGCCCGGGACUACCCCUGCCCCCGCAGCCACCACCCCGCCGCCCUCCACUGGGGAAGAGCCUAUCCCGACAACAGCUCAACCGCUCCCUGUCACCCUCCCUCCGUCCUUCCCCACCUCCCCUCCCGUCUCCGAGACUGACCCGCCUUCACCUGAACCGGAACCAUCGACCCGUGCUCCUGUAACGCCCGAACCCACUCCGGCCCCCGUUAAACCCGAGCCCGAGCCCACUCCAGCCCCUCCCACUCCGGCCCCGGUGACAGACGAAAGCCCUGGCGUUGGUGCAUGCAACCCGAACCCUUGCAUGAACGGAGGGUCGUGCGAGGUGGACCCCAACGGUGGGUACACCUGCAGCUGCGGGAGCAGCUACGGGGGGAUGAUGUGCGAGACCGACGUUACGGGCAUGUCAGAGUUCUUCAUCACAGUGGACUUCCUGGGAACGUGGAGUGACGAACGCAAGGGCGUCUUCCAAAGGGCAGCCAACAGGUGGUCGGAGAUCUUGACGCACAUCCCGUGCUCCGGAACCAACGGCAAUGGGGGUGCCGCGGGCGAGCUUACCAUCACCUCCACUCUUGAACCCAUCGACGGUGUCUACGGAACCCUGGGCUUCGCCGGGCCUCGCGGCACCUACAAUGACUGCCGCGGCAUCAGCUACUCCGGAGAGAUGACGUUCGACAUCGACGACAUCGCUGAGAUGGAGAGGCAGGGAACCUUCGAAGGUGUCAUCCUCCAUGAGAUGGGCCACGUUAUCGGCACCGGUACCCUGUGGGGUGAGUGUUCCGAUUGUGACAGCACCGGCAGCGCGGAAUGGAAGUGCCCCCUGGCUGCCCAGGUGUACAACGACUUCAUGGGCAACCCUGCUGGUUCCCGGGCCGAUAUUGUAGAGCUCGAAGGCGGAACCGGUGAGCUUAAUGCAGGACUGCAUGCGGGGCAACGAAACAGUACGUGCAACUCUGCCAUCGUGCACUGCCAUUUGUCUUGGAACUGUUGUUCGAAAGUUUUAACUGGAUCAUGA